CUGGCAAAACCCUGCGAAACGAAUAAACGGGAGGGAAAAAAGGGGGAAAGAGAGGAGACCGAACUCGAGCUUUGCACAACGAUGGCGGCUCACAAGGAAGACGGCAAAAAAUUGAACAAGAGAAAGCAAUCUCCGGCAUCCAAACCCGGACGGGAUGGUACCGCUACCAAAAAGCCGAAGUUUGGCAGCUCGAAGGUUGACGAUAAGAAGGGGAAGAAGCCCUUUAAGCCAGUGAAGAAGCAUGCGAAGUCCAGUCAUGGUGAAGAUAGUAAACAGACUAAGGAGCCGCUAUCCAAGCGAGAACUCCGAAUCGAGGCUAAGGAGUUGGCCGAGGCAAGGAAGAAAAGGAGGAAAAGACACUACACUUUGGAGCAAGAGCUCGCAAAGCUAUGGGAGAAAAUGAGACAGCGUAACAUAGCCAAGGAAGAUAGAUCCAAGUUGAUUAGCGAAGCAAUACAGAAGAUGAAAGGGAAGAUACCCGAAAUCGCUACUUCUCAUGUUUCUUCACGUGUUCUUCAGACUUGCGUUAAGUAUUGUUCUCAGACUGAGAGGGAUGUUGUGUUUGGUGAGCUGAGGCCGCAUUUCCUGAACUUUGCUUGCAACCCAUAUGCAGUUCAUCUAGUGAAGAAAAUGUUAGACAGUGCUUCUAAGAAGCAGCUGGGAGAUUUCAUCUCAUCCCUCCGUGGGCAAGUUGCCUCUCUUCUUCGCCACAUGGUUGGAUCAGUCGUUGUUGAGCAUGCAUACCAAGCUGGUAAUGGAACUCAAAGACAGGAGCUUUUGCUGGAGUUGUAUUCCACCGAACUCCAGUUGUUUAAGGAUCUUUCCUUAAUCAAAGAGAGCAGGUUGGUGGAUGUGAUCGCUAAAUUGAACCUUCAGAAAAGUUCAGUUUUACGACAUAUGACUUCUGUAAUUCAACCGAUUCUGGAGAAGGGAAUUGUUGACCACUCUAUCUUACAUCGGGUGCUUAUUGAGUACUUAAGUAUUGCUGAUAAGUUCUCUGCAGCUGAUGUACUCGAGCAAUUGUCGGGUCCACUUCUUGUUCGAAUGAUCCAUACCAAGGAUGGGUCUCGUAUUGGCAUGCUUUGUGUCAAACAUGGGAGUGCAAAGGAAAGAAAGAAGAUUGUCAAAGGAAUGAAAAGCCAUAUAUUAAAAAUUGCUUAUGACCAAUAUGGGAGCCUGGUGCUUGCAUGCAUUUGUUCCACUGUGGAUGACACAAAACUCCUGACAAAGAUUGUGAUUCGUGAGCUUCAAACUAGUUUGAAGGAGCUUGUCCUUGAUAAGAAUGGAAGGCGUCCUAUAUUGCAGCUACUUCACCCAGAUUGUUCACGCUAUUUCAGUCCUGAUGAAAUGGCUUCUCUAAAUUCAUCCAUUUCCUCUCUCAGUGCAAAGGUUGGAUCUGAAUCCAAAUCUAUAGGAGAAGAAAAAACAGAAACAAACGAAAUAUCCGGUGAUGAGGAAAAUGAUGUCAAAGAAGACACAAUGGCCGAGGGAGAUGAAACUGAAGAUCCCGUGGAGGGUGGAAAGAAAGACCCUUUGACAAGAAGACAGGAAUUAUUGCUUGAAAGUGGCCUUGCUGAGAGCCUCGUCGAUGUAUGCACUGAAAAUGUGGAAGAGAUGCUUAGAUCUAAUUUUGGCAAGGAAGUCUUGUAUGAGGUUGCAACUGGUGGUUCUGGAGGAAUUCUUUUCCCUUCACUUGGUGAGAAAUUGAACACCUUGCAUGAGACCAUAGCAGCUGUUGCAGCAGAGUCAAAAUCUGAAGAGCCAGGAAAAGAACACGUCUUUGAGAACUUCCACUCCAGCCGAACAAUCAGAAAGCUGGUCUUGGACUCCCCAGGUUUCGCAGCCAUUCUGUGGAAGAAUGCUUUGAAAGGGAAGUGUAGCUUGUGGGCUCAAGGUCACAGCUCUAAGGUAAUACACGCGUUCUUGGACUCCACUGAUGAUAAAGUACGCAAUCUCGCCAAGAAAGAGCUGCAGCCAUUACUCAAGGACGGCGUUCUUAAAGUAUCGGAACACAAGGAGGCAACUAAGAAGGCUUAAAUUAUCAUCAGAUUUCGAAAUCCACUGCAGAAGAAUAUCCUAACAGAAGAAGGGCUCAAAGCAAAAGGCUAUACUGGGGGCUCAUAAUGCUUAUGUACCAAUUUUGUAACAACAGACUUGUAAUAGCAGUAUAUCACAGUACUGAAGCUUGUCUCUCUUUUGCCUGUUCCAGCUAUUGAUUUCUCUGUUCUUUUGCUUCUUACCAGCUACAAGCUUCUUCCUUCUUUAUAAAGUUCAAAACUUUGCUCUCAGCUUCACGUAAAAGCAUUCAUUUGUUAGAU